GCGAGGAGCGCCCGGCCCGGCCCUGCCCGGCCCCGCCAUGAACAUCGACGUGGAGUUCCAUAUCCGCCACAACUACCCGUGGGGCCGCCUCCCCGCCAGCGUCAAGCAGGGUCUUGGAAACUCUCAGAAGGAAUAUGAAAAGCAGGUUGUACUCUAUAGUAUUCGCAAUCAGCUACGAUUCCGAAAUAAUUUAGUUAAGCAUGUAAAGAAAGAUGAACGCAAGUACUAUGAGGAUCUGUUAAAAUACAGUAGAGAUCAUCUCAUGUUGUAUCCUUAUCAUUUGUCUGACAUCAUGGUGAAAGGUCUGAGGAUAACACCAUUUUCUUAUUACACAGGAAUAAUGGAGGAUAUAAUGAACAGUGAAAAAAGCUAUGAUUCAUUACCCAACUUUACUGCUGCUGACUGUCUAAGGCUACUUGGCAUAGGAAGAAACCAGUACAUUGACCUAAUGAACCAGUGUAGGUCAUCAAAAAAAUUUUUCAGAAGGAAAACUGCUCGUGAUCUGCUACCAGUAAAGCCAGUGGAGAUUGCUAUAGAGGCUUGGUGGGUGGUGCAAGCUGGUUACAUCACAGAAGAUGACAUUAAGAUCUGUACUACAACUGAGAAGUCUGCUAUUGAUAAGAUCAUUGACUCAGGGCCUCAGCUUGCUGGUUUACUAGACUACAAUAUAGUUCACAGCUUGUAUAACAAAGGAUUUAUUUACCUUGACGUACCAAUAUCUGAUGACAGUUGUAUAGCUGUCCCCCCACUGGAAGGAUUUGUAAUGAACAGAGUGCAAGGUGAUUACUUUGAAACUCUACUGUACAAAAUAUUUGUUUCAAUAGAUGAACAUACCAAUGUGGCAGAGCUUGCAAAUGUCCUAGAGAUUGACCUAUCACUGGUAAAGAAUGCUGUGUCCAUGUACUGUCGAUUGGGUUUUGCCCACAAGAAAGGCCAAGUAAUAAAUCUAGACAAUCUUCAUCCCUCUUGGAGGAAUGUUCCCUCUAUAAAUAGACUGAAGAGUACUUUGGAGCCACAAAAGAUGCUGCUUUCAUGGGACAGUGGGGAAAACAGGAGUCCUAUACAGGAAGCUGGGUCAUCAGCUACAGAUACUGACACCAACAGUCAAGAUGAUCCAGCUGACACAGCCAGCCUGAGCAGCUUGAGUCUGUCCAGUGGACACACAAAGCGUAUUGCCUUCCUGUUCGAUUCAACACUCACUGCCUUUUUGAUGAUGGGGAAUCUUUCACCAAACUUGAAAAGUCAUGCAGUCACCAUGUUUGAAGUUGGAAAAUUAUCAGAUGAGUCUCUGGACAGUUUUCUUGUGGAACUUGAAAAGGUUCAAAGCACUGGUGAAGGGGAGGCACAGAGAUACUUUGAUCAUGCACUUACCCUGAGAAACACCAUUCUAUUUUUGCGGCAUAAUAAGGACCUAGUGGCACAAACUGCACAACUUGAACAACCAAAUAAUGGUUACCCAUUGGAUCUCUUACGGUGUGAGAGUUUGCUUGGCUUAGAUCCAGCUACUUGUAGCAGAGUGCUAAAUAAAAAUUAUACCCUGCUGGUCUCCAUGGCACCUCUUACCAAUGAAAUCCGACCCAUCAGCAGCUGUACCCCCCAGCACAUUGGACCAGCUAUACCAGAAAUUAGCUCAGUUUGGUUCAAAUUGUAUAUUUACCAUAUUACUGGACAAGGACCACCAUCUCUGUUGCUAUCUAAAGGAACAAGGCUUCGAAAGCUUCCUGAUAUUUUUCAGGGUUACGAUCGCUUAUUAAUAACAUCGUGGGGUCACGACCCAGGAGUAGUUCCAACUUCAAAUGUGCUUGCAAUGUUGAAUGAUGCAUUGACACAUUCUGCUGUGCUAAUUCAGGGACAUGGAAUGCACGGAAUGGGGGAAACAGUGCAUGUACCUUUUCCAUUUGAUGAAGUAGAGCAACAAGGAGAAUUUUCUCGUGUGAACGUGAGUGUUCACAAGGCUUUGAAGAUAUUGAGUGACAAAGUAGAUUUGCAGCAUUUCUGUGGCUAUGUUACCAUGCUGAACCCUUCUAGUCAACACGCAAACAGAAAGCUGAGUGAUGCUUCUGAUGGAAGAGGUGAGACUGACUUAGCAUCAGGAUCUGAUGUAAAUGGGAGCACAGAAUCAUUUGAAAUGGUAAUAGAGGAGAGCUCAUUGGAUCCUUCAUCUAAGCAAAGCCCUGAAGUACCCACAACAGAAUUGGAAUGGGUUCCCCUGGAACUGUGCUUUGGCAUUCCGCUUUUUAGUUCAGAAUUAAACCGGAAAGUCUGCCGAAAAAUUGCCGCUCAUGGACUGUGUCGAAAAGAAAGCCUUCAGAAACUCUUACAUUCCAGUAGAAAAUUGUCUCUACAGGUCCUUAACUUUGUUCAUUCAUUCCAGGAAGGUAUUUCAACAUUGGAUCUGCUCUCUGAUGUUAAUUCAAGUUUGCUUUCACACCCUUCUGCUGAUAUGUGCGUUCCUCUUCCUGCCAAGAAUUUAAUCUUCAAAGAAGGUGCAUUAUCUGAAUGGAAUGGACGAUUGCCUUCCUCAAUUUUUAUUUCAGGCAUACCUAAAGAACAGAUGAAAUAGCUUGGAUUUGCCAUGCAUUGUUCACUUAAUGCCUUUUCUUUAUCAAUUACAAUUAAUUUAUAGUGCCAGCCACUAAAAGGUAUAAGGCUGCCGCAGCAUAACCCAUAUUACAGUAGUGUUAGUGUGGUGUGUUGCAGUAUUGGGGAAACGCUUCCACUGUGUAGAACUUAUUACUCAUUACUGCAUAUCCAGCUGCAACAGAGAGCUUUUUAGCUGUCAGCACUAUAUUUUUAUCUUGAGACAAUCUUUCUUUUAUAAUUCUAAACACACCCUUUCUAGGCUUUCUGAUUGUUAAAUUUCUAAACUCUCACCACAAAAAUACUGUAAUAGUUGUUUUAUAUGUUCAUUACUCUGACAUAAAUCUGGUUUAGUUUUGUAUUGUAUUACUGAAUACCUAUUCUGUAAAAGGUAAGAGAUUUGGCUCUUCCUCUGAAAGGCUCGGUGGUAUUGUAUAUUAAAAAUCCAGUAUCAUGAUGGUGUUAUGGGGCAUUAAGAAUUAUGCCUGUUUGUAAAUUAUUUAAAUUGAUCUAAUACUGAGGGUUUGGCAAAACAGUACGAGUAAUUUUCGCUGUUUUCUUUUUAUGUAAAAAUCUAAUUCAUCAAGGCUUGAUGCCAUGCUGAUGACUCGAGGCAAACUUUGUAAAGGUCAAUUUCAUCUUUGGCAUAAUUUCAUGGUGAAAUUUGAAUUACACCAGGGAUCAAUUUGGUUACCUCUGGCAAAAUCCGUUACCUAUAUAACGAUGUGUUUGCUGUGCCCAUUGUUUACUAGAACAUUUUUACAGGAAAGCAGGAUCUUUGUUCCUUGAACAUUUUGGCCUCUUUACCUGAAGUUGUUAAGGUGUAUUUGUGACAUUGUAACUAAUUGGUUUGUGGCUUCAGUGCUUUCCACAGCAAAUUUGAGUGGCAGGUGGUGAUGAUGAGUAAACAGGAGGAGUAGACUAAAAGAACAGAUUUGUUGGGAAUUCUGGGUAUAGCCAGCAAGGGGG